AUGUCUCACACAUUCGUUUUUCUUUUCCUCUCGUUGGUCUCGGCUGCGCUGGCGGGCACGGUAACUUAUGAUUGGAGCAUUGAUUGGGUCACUGCUGCACCUGAUGGAUUCUCCAGGCAAGUGAUUGGCAUCAAUGGUGCAUGGCCAUGCCCGCCAAUCAAGGCCACCGUCGGAGAUACCGUUGUGGUUAAAGUUUACAAUAAUCUCGGAACCGAAUCCACUGGAAUUCAUUUCCAUGGCCUCGAUCAGAGAGGAACCCAGUUUAUGGAUGGUCCAUCUGGAGUGACACAAUGCCCAAUCCCUCCCGGAUCAUACUUUACCUACACCUUUCAAAUUGAUAAAGCAGGCUCGUACUGGUACCACAGCCACAACAAAGGACAGUACCCAGAUGGUCUGAGAGGUCCUAUCGUUGUCCAAGAUCCAGCGGAUCCUUAUGCAGGGCAAUACGACGCGGAAUUGGUUCUCACAACCUCAGACUGGUACCAUAAUACAGUCCCAGUCCUGCUCCAGCAACUGCUCAGCCCAUCAAACACCAGAUUUUUCCCACCAUUACCAAACUCGCUCUUGAUUAACGACUCUCAAAAUGUCACGUUCCAGUUCACGGCAGGAAAAACGUACAAAAUCGACAUUAUUAGCAUGGCCGCGUUUGCCUCUACUCUUCUCCAAUUUGAUUCUCACACGAUGAGAGUAAUUGGAGUCGACGGCAGUUACAUUCAAAAGCACGAUGCGUACCAAAUUCGGGUGGCUCCAGCACAGAGAUACACCGUCCUUCUCAACGCGCAGCCAACUACGCGAAGAAAUUACGCAUUCUUGGCAUCGUUAGAUGAAAAUAGAGAUUACCUGAAUGAUCCAGCUCCCGCCUACCCCUUGAACAUCACGGGAUAUAUCGUUUACGAUAGCACGAAACCGCUCCCCCCUCCAUACGUCGUGAACAAAUGGAGCAUUGUGAACGAUUUCACUUUUGUGGCGUUGGACAACCAGGCGCUCCUGGGAGCACCAGAUGUCGACAUCACGCUGGACUUCACUUUCUGCCUCGAUUCCGGCGGGAUCCCAAGGGCAUGCUUCAACAACAUAGAUUACGUCACACAAAAGGUUCCCUCGCUCUUCACAGCCAUUAGCACCGGAACUGAGAACUCCAACCCAGCCAUCUACGGACAGGUGAAUCCCUACGUCGCCAAGAAAGGCUCUAUCGUGCAGCUCACGAUCAAUAAUCUCGAUGCAGCCAUCCACCCGUUCCAUCUCCACGGCCAUCAAUUCCAGGUUUGCGAGAAACCGUCCUCUGGGAAAGGGACAUUCAAUGGGCUUGUCAGAAACUUCCCCGCUGUUCCUAUGAAAAGGGAUACGAUUGCUGUUAAUCCGAACAGUUAUGCUGUUAUUCGGUUUGUGGCUGAUAAUCCGGGGGUUUGGUUGUUCCAUUGUCAUAUUGAGUGGCAUGUUAUCAUGGGUCUCACGGCAACGAUAAUUGAAGCGCCAGAGGCCCUUGUUGGAUUGUCCAUCCCGGAUGAUAAUCAGGCCGCCUGUAAAGCUCAAAAUAUUCCGAUUGCGGGUAACGCCGCCGGGAACACAAAUAAUUUGACUGAUUUGACGGGCGCGAAUACGGUUUCGCCCUAUCCUGAUAAUGGGCAAGUCAUUUCCGGCCACUUGACUUGGACUUGGCUAACAGUUUUGUAG